GUUACCUGGCUGUUGCAAGUCAGCAACAUGGACUGCGUCUAAUAUGUCCUCAGACAAUUGAAACGCCAGCGAUGUACUGAAGCUCUUAAACUAAAAGAAACUCCACAGGUCUUGGCAGGACGCGACGGCUUUGUUUUGUUCUACCUGCGUGACGCAGCAAACGGGACUCCUGUUAAUUAGGCUCCACCGUGCAAGUAAGGACGAAGCGGAGGCACUUCCUCCAAGAACUCGUUCACCUCACGAGUCCCACCUUCUCGCCGAGUUUCCAUUUGGACUUCUUGUAGAACCCUUUCAGGUCACCAUCAACAUCUCACCUGUGCCGCCGCACCAUGGAUUGCACCCGGCCGAAGAGCUCGAAGGCGCCCCAGCUUAACGUCGCGGGAAAGCGGCGGUAUCCGUGCAUCUGGAAGGGUUAGGGAAGAAGAGCUCGAGCACUUGGUGUUACAGCGCAUGGCCUCUGGACAAAGUGGGAACGACCAUGCACAACCCCCUCCGACAGCGGAGUGUGUACGCGUUCCUGUGCUUUGGCAUCAUAUACUUCAGACUCGGGGCCCUGUCCUCGGUGGUGGCUCUGGGCGCCAACAUCAUCUGCAACAAGAUUCCCGGGCUGGCACCUCGCCAGCGGGCCAUCUGCCAGAGCCGACCGGACGCCAUCAUCGUCGUGGGCGAAGGCGCCCAGAUGGGCAUCAACGAGUGCCAGUACCAGUUCCGAUAUGGACGCUGGAACUGCUCAGCGCUGGGGGAAAGGACGGUCUUCGGUCAGGAGCUGCGAGUAGGCAGCCGGGAAGCAGCGUUCACCUACGCCAUCACAGCGGCGGGGGUGGCCCACGCCAUCACAGCGGCGUGCAGCCAGGGCAACCUGAGCCAGUGCGGCUGUGACCGGGAAAAGCAGGGGUUUUACAACCAGGAGGAAGGCUGGAAGUGGGGAGGCUGCUCGGCGGACAUCAAGUACGGGAUCGAGUUCUCUCGCCGCUUCGUGGACGCCCGGGAGAUUAAAAAGACUCCCCGACGCCUGAUGAACUUGCAUAACAACGCGGCAGGGAGAAAGGUACUAGAAGACAGAAUGAAGCAGGAGUGCAAGUGCCACGGCGUCUCAGGCUCCUGCACCACCAAGACCUGUUGGACGACCCUCCCCAAGUUCCGAGAGAUUGGCUACGUACUCAAGGACAAGUACAACGAAGCCGUGCACGUGGAGGUGGUCCGGGCCAGCCGCCUGCGCCAGCCCACCCACCUCAAGGUGAAGCAGACUCAGGGCUACCGCAAGCCCAUGGAGGCGGACCUCGUCUACAUCGAGAGGUCGCCCAACUACUGCGAGGAGGACACAGCCACGGGGAGCGUGGGCACCCAGGGGCGCCUGUGCAACCGCACCUCGCCGCAUACGGACGGCUGCGACCUGAUGUGCUGCGGGCGAGGCUACAACACACACCAGUACACCAAAGUGUGGCAGUGCAAUUGUAAGUUCCAAUGGUGCUGCUUCGUCAAGUGCAACACGUGCAGCGAGAGGACGGAGGUGUUUACCUGCAAAUAAGGAACUCCUGGCAGAAAGUGAGGCUCCAAAGACUAUUUGAAUGAAGAAGACUCGAGCAAGCGAGAUGGAAGUGUGACACAGACCAGUGAGACAUUUUGAAAUGAAAGGAAUGGAACUUUACGCUAUCAGCUCUUCGGGGCAUUGUUUUGCACAGCAGAAUCUAAUCGAAUUUCUUUUCUGAAAGUAAAUGCUAAAUAUCAGUAGGUAAUUCCCCAGAGCUCCACUGUCACAUAGCUCACUUGUCCCAUGUGCUGCUGUACCUGAGAGUGACGGUGGAAUUGCAGACGAUGAACGACACCAUUGUUGGGAACUGUGCACUCUAGGAUUUGCAAUCCUUCAAUUCAACAGAGACUCGUGCACGGAGAGGAAACACAGCGACCUGGGAGUCGAUCGAAAUGACAGCAGCUGAUGGGGGGUUAACUGGGAGACAUUUGUCCAGUCGUUGAAAAAGGUUCACUCUAUUUUUCGCUAAAGGGGAGCAAAAGUGAAUCUUGACAUGAGCGCCCCCCCCCUCACCCCCUCACCCCUCACCCAUCACCCCAAAUUGGCUGGGGCUUAAGUUGGAGGUUUGUAGAAAUGAAGAACAUUUUGUGAGUACGGUGCGUUGAGUGGAGAACUCUUUUUAAACCCUCUGCUGCCAACUGGAAUAUGGUGGAGUAUGUUAGUUUUCCAGUCACACUGGAACUGUCUGUUCUGAACACUGAAAAUAAAUUGUUUAUUUAUGUUAUAGUAUCUUAAAACGAAGCACUAACGGGUAUAGAUGUCUUUUUUUGUCCUAAGUGUAAAGAAAAAAUGCUUUUUAGAAACUGUGUGUCUAUUAGAAAGUUACCCCAAGACCUAAAACGACCUCUUCUUUUCUUUAAAGAAAGAAAAAAAGGGAUUAGUGUUGAUGUGUUGACACAUUUACGUUCAAACGUCUUGGUUCUAUUUUACUGUCCAAUUGUUUGUUUGUAGUCCUUUUACCCGAAGCAGCAACAUCCAUUGGGAUGCUUUAGCUAUUUCAUACAAUCAACGGUAGCAAGAAAAUUCAUUAAACUGCAGAGAUCCUUCCUCAACUCAUGAAACAUAAGCUCACUUGUUGCUGGAUGUGUUGUGCUGCACUGAUAUUUGCCAUUCAUAAAUAAACUCCUAUUUGACUCAGUUUGGCAGUUCACUGCUGAAAUAUAGUUGACUAAUUUAUAGCGAUAAAUAGAUGACAUUGUCCUCAUUUGAGAUAAUGUUGUUUUCUUUUGGGACGUGAUCUUUGUUGAUUAUUAAAGCAUCUUGUUCACCCAAAACUAUUGCUCAGUUUGAAAACACAGUGACAUCGGACAGACCCACAUUAUCUAAAGUACUUUGCUUGUCAGACCAUGAGCACACACAAAAUGCAGGUUAAUAUCAGCGCCCAGAUGCAGCCGAUACGGUCGGUUUCUCCUUUUAAUCAAUCUCAGAAUCCCCCGUUCACUGUUUUUAAAUUGGAAAGUGCAAAGUUAUCCUAGGUGAUGAGUUGGGUGCUGUAACGGUUUCCUGUGGAGCAGCAGUACUUCAGCGCUCUGCCUCGGCUGGUUGCUGUGACAACAAGGCUGCAGAGAGACGGAGCGCCCCGCUGUUGUCCAGGAAAAUGUUACAGAAUUCCCCACAAAAUAUUUUGAUUAUUUUUUUUAUUAAACUAAGCUAAACUAAUUACAGCAAGGCUCUAAAGAUCUGAAAUUGACGCACUUGAUAGUGGUAUAGAUGGUGAAUAAGUUGAUAUCCGUCUAUUCGGCUAUAAUCCUUAUUGGCAUGUUUUUUAAAAUUUUGGACUUUAGAGGCCAGUUUAUCUUUUGGUUUACAUAUUAAUUGAUGCUUUUAGAAUGUAUUAUGACUUUUGCACAGUGAUAAAAAACAACCGUUUAAGAGAUUAAGAGACUGAUGUUGCCUAGCCCUGCACUUUGCUCGAUUGGCAUUUUGUGUGUGCAUCAGUCUUUAAAUUAUUUUAUUUCAGUAGAGAGCCAACUCAGAUGGAUCAAAAAUAUUUGUCAUAUAAAAAGAUUUGAUUUUUUUAACGAUCUUGAUUGAAGUAAGUUAUUAAUUUAAGCUUUCUAGCAUAUAGCCUCAUUCUGACAUUCAUAUUAUUACAUAUACCUUCAAAUAUUAACUCAAAUUGGAGGCUUUUGAAAUAAUAAUUAUGUUUCCUUUGUCAAGGAUGCAAAUGUGUCCUCACUUUAUGUAACUGAUCGUUCUUUAAUUUAUGAAGAAGUAUAUGAGUUGUACCGUGAAACACAGCAGAAGGUUUAUCCAUGAACCCUGAGUGAGGAAUCCACAUUCUUCAUUUUAUUGUUUUGUGCAUGUUGUUACAAGAAUGUUCCUGCUCAAUGUUCGGUUGCCCAUAUUGACUGUUCCAACAAAUAUCCAUCGCUAUUAUUUUCAUGAAAUUCUCCCCCUCUGAAGAAAAACACACACAUCAAAUAUGGUCAUUGUGUGUGUCCAGGUCUGUAGCCAAACCGUAUGUAGAAGUCUGUUAUUCAAACCUUCCAACCACGCAUUAUAAUAACUGGCAAAUGCCUUAGAAGA